GGAAGUUGCACAACUAGACUAAGAGAAACAUCUCUUCCAACAAUGCAUAAAUCAUAGCCACUGAUAGAUUCAGAAAUGUUCAAAAUAUCAGAUACAUUUCCUCAUAGGUGAAAACAAAUGGACAAAGAUACAGCUCCUGACCACAAAUUUUAGUUCAACCUGGUUUGGACAUCACCUUGCAACGUUACCUGAACAUGAGUUUUCAAUGACAUGCUGUUCUCAAAAGCUUAACUUACUCCGAUGUGAAAGAAAGAAUGUGUGCAAGUACUGAUAUUGUACGAAUCAUGGAUGAAUAUGUAAUAUAAAAUCGAUAAUAGCAAUGUAAUUCUCAUUUAUAAAAAACAGAAAAACAGAAAAUCAAAGCUCAGUUUCCGAAUAAAGACGGCAAAAUUGCCAAAACACCAAUCACAACUAUGAUAUUUAGAAAAUAGUUAGACUGCAGAGGCUUAUCUGGGCUUCCACCGAUAGCUUGAUAUUCUGCUCGAAUCUUCUGCUUCAUAUUAUCUGACAGCUCUCAUUCAGAUUUGUUUGACAUGUUUUGUUUGAACCUCUCAUUCAGAUUUUUCGUACAUAUUUUUUAAAACCCUCUUCUCUACACCCCGAGUUGUAUUUUAAACUAAAACACUGCACGAUUGAUUAGUUCAAGUGCAACUUGUCAUUUCCCUACCUAUUUUUCCAUGAUUUCUGUUUUUCUAGGUAUAAGUAUACCUAGAAAUUUUGUACUUGUUUCAGUUUGCUUUUGAUAUUUGCGGUAAUGUUGUUUUAUCAGCUGAUAUAACAUAGCUGGAUUAUAUUAUUUGGUUUGUUCUUUGUGCCAGAUGGAAAGCGUGCAGUAGCAUAAUGUCCUUAAUAUUUUUUUCCUUUUUUUUUUUUGUUUGGAUAGAUAUGGAUCGAAUGAAGCUUUUAUUGAUCUUAUUGUUAGAGAUGUCUCAUUUAGAGACAAUUUGCAUUUGUACGAUUCUUGUGUUGCUCAUGCUAAGGGCAAAACAGAGACAUGUUGAACAACGCACCUUGACUAACCGUUCACUUGUUAGACGAGAGAUUAGUUUGUGUUAUCUGAAUGGUAUAAUAGGGAAUACUGAUGUUGAAUGUGUCAACGAAUUGAGAAUGGAUAGAAGGACUUUUAGCAUAUUAUGUGACUUACUUCGUCAAGAUGGGAGGGUAAAAACGGAUGGUUUGGUCUCUGUAGAGGAGCAGGUGUGUAUGACUUUACAAAUACUAGCACAUCAUACUAAGAAUCGUAGUGUUGGUGGUAGAUUUUAUAGGUCGGGAGAGACUAUAAGUAGGUAUUUCAAUAGUGUAUUGCAAGGAAUUUUGCGAUUACAAGGUAUCCUACUAAAAGUCCCUCAACCUGUGCCUAUUGAUUCUACAGAUCCUAGGUGGCGAUGUUUUAAGAAUUGCUUGGGAGCAUUAGAUGGAACACACAUUGAUGUGCAUGUACCUGAAAUUGACAAACCAAGAUACCGAAAUAGAAAGGGUCGAGUCGCAACUAAUGUAUUAGGUGUGUGUUCAGGAGAUAUGCAGUUCAUAUAUGUGUUUCCGGGGUGGGAGGGUUCCGCAUUAGACUCUAGAGUGCUACAUGAUGCAAUUACUAGGCCUAAUGGUUUUAAGGUACCAACGGGUUAUUAUUACCUUGUAGAUGGUGGUUAUACAAAUGGUGAAGGAUUCCUUGCACCCUAUAGAGGAAUACCUUAUCAUUUAUCUGAAUGGGAAGGACGAACACCUUCUAAUAAGGAAGAAUAUUUUAACAUGAAGCAUUCUAAGGCAAGGAAUGUAAUUGAACGUUGUUUUGGCUUGCUAAAAGGAAGGUGGGGGAUACUAAGGAGUCCAUCUUUCUAUCCGAUAAGGACACAAGGUCGAAUAAUUACCGCUUGUUGCCUACUACACAAUCUUAUUAGGCAAGAGAUGUCUGUAGAUCCAAUGGAGAAUGUGCCAAUAAUAGAAGAUGGACAAAAUACAGAAGAAGGUGAAUAUGUUGGUAGUGUUGAAACAUCUGACCAGUGGACUGCAAAGAGGAAUGCCAUGGCUCAGGAAAUGUAUAAUGAGUGGAGAGCAAUUAGGAACUAG